UUAUAAGUUUCUCAUUACUUCUCACUUGCAGGAAAGAGAGAAAAAAUGGCUUCGUUUUGUAGAUCAGCUGCGAGGUCAGGGAUGAGAUCCAUGGCUGCGUCACGGAACCAAAACCUAAAUUCAAAACCUUUCUCUUCUCCGUUCCCUCUUCCAACAACAAGCUCUCUUCCUCGCACUUCUAGAUUUGCAGUGGCCCUGGCAAGUGUGGAAUCAAUGAUGCCUCUUCACAGUGCAAUUGCUAAUUCUCGUCUCAAAUCAAGUAUUGCUGUUGACUCUAGUUGCUGGAGUUGGAUGUCCCAAGGUACUCCCACCUAUCUUUAUCUUUCUCUGUAA